AUGCCUCAGGAGGUGGUAAAUAUAUUAACAAAUGAGGCUAAAGUCGCACCUGAGUUCCACAGUUCCGGGAUCAAACUGGAGAGAAUCUCGAGUGGCAUUUCACUUACAAUUCCUCAUAUGAAAAUCAGUGAUGAAGGAAUGUACUUCUAUGGAAUGUCUACCUGGAAAAAAGUUACAUUUUCCAUGGGAACAUUCUUAACUGUGAAAGGUUGUGCUCAUUUAAACAUAUCGGCGGUCCAAAGUCCAGUGUUGGGGAGGGUUCCCCCAGGAGAGUCAGUGUUUCUGCAGUGCACCGUCCUCUCUGAGAGGAGAACAGCAGAACUCCGAGUGCUCUGGUUCAGAGCUGCUGCAGGAGACUCCCAUCCUGAAAUCAUUUACACUCAUCACAACAGCAGCCAUCAGUGUGAGAUCAGCUCUUCUCCACACAGCUGUGUGUACAACUUCUCCAAGAGUGUCCUCAGCCUCUCUGAUACUGGCACUUACUACUGCGCUGUGGCCACCUGUGGCAAGAUCCUUCUUGGAAAUGGGACGACAGUAGAUUUGACCAAGACUGUGAGUCCUGCAGUGAUCUGGCUGGGAGCAGCUUUGGGAGCUUGUGUAAUUGUGAUCUUUGUUCAAGCCAUUUUAAUUUGUAAAUGGAGAAAUUGUCGACCCAGCAGUGAGAAACAAAGCACUGCUACAGUGAGAAAAAUCAAUCAGGUAUAUCUUAUACAUUGUAAUUUCAUAUUUUGUAAUAUUUUUUUGUGGAAAUGUGUGCGAAUGCUCUGGUCUGCUCUUAUCACUUUAAAAGCAUUUAAAAGCAGUAAUGUUAUGCUAUGUGAAACUUGUUUUGCUCAAGUUUCAGAGGUAGCAUGGAGAUAAAAGUGGUAGGUCAAAAGUGAAAUAUUUUUGUGAAAAAAAUAGACAGGAACCUUGAGGAGCUCAACUCCACUCUCUGCAAGUUCUAAUCCCAGAAAAACACAAUGCAUGUUCAAACUGACAGCAACAAUUACAGUGAGUAAAGGAAACAUGCAUUUAUAAUUACAGUUACAAUAUUUAUAUGGCAGGAGAAAGUUUAAUUGUAGAACUAAAUUUUUUAUAGUACAGCUGAAUCUAAUUGUAGUCCCCUUUGUAAUGAAGGAAAAUAUAUAAGGGUGUUAGGUGAAGUGGGAACCUCACAACGUUCAUGCUCUGUAGCAUGCAAGUAAUAAAACAACAGACAUAUGUGCCAUUUUUGUGAUGCACCAUUCUGCUUACUGAGCUGAUUAAGCAUAUUAAUGAAGGACAACACCCAGCUAUUUCAUCUAGCUCUUUCACCCAGAUCAUAUGGCUGGAGUGCACAUGGAUGGAUAAGCCUGCUUGUAUGUGAACAGACCUUUAAAAUGACUUGUAGAUAUGCCCUCCAGACCCUGCGACAGGUAACAGCAAAGGCACAGAUUGGUGAAACGUCCCGAUGAAGGCACAACCUAAGUCUG